AUGGCAACAGGCGUACUGUGCGACAAGAAAGUCCAAGUCCCUAUUCGACUGAAGUCGAAGAUCUACAGGACGGUUGUGCGUCCUGUUGCCCUUUACGGAUGCAAGUGUUGGCCGACGACGAAAGCCUUGGAAAGAGUUUUGCACGCUAUGGAGAUGUGGAUGUUAAGGUGGACGAUAGGUGUAACGCUAAAAGAGAAAGUAUCCAACGACACUGUGCGCUCCAUCUUCGGCGUCGUCCCGAUAACUGAGAAGAUGAAGGAGGCCCGGCUGAGAUGGUUCGGUCACGUCUUGCGGCGAGAGGAAGAUUCUGUUGCCAAAAAAACCGCACUGAAGCUCGACGUUUCAGGAGUGAGGCCGCGUGGGAGGCCAAAGAUUCGCUGGUUAGACUAUGUGAAGCUGGAUAUGAUAGAUGCGCGUUUAUGUGCGGCUGAUACAAUGGAUAGAACCAAAUGGAAGACAAGAAGCAGAAAGGCGGACCCUGCAACAACGCGGAACAAACGCUAG